UAUUUGCUUUUUCCGAGCAGAACGGGCGAGGAGAGAGUGAGCGUUUAGUACCGAAGUUUCAUAGCCGAACAUUACCCACGUGUUUUAUACUUAUUGAGAAGUCAGUAAAUAUUAAACAAACCUGGUUCAGAAGGAUUUAAAAUAUUCUAAAGAGACGCGAAGCAGUGUUGUUCCCUGCUUUGAUUUAAAAUUGCUGGUUGGGUCUGACUUCUAUUAUUAAUUUGAGAUUACUAAAAGAACAUUUUAACGCAGGUAAAUAACUUAAUUACCUGAGCCAGUUGUGUACACUGGCACUCAAGAUUUAUAGAAGCGCCACACGAUAUCGUUUGCAUGAAACUGCAGCCAGAUGAAGACGUUGAGUCUUGCUGCACUCGAUUCAAGGAGAAAGUGACAAUCCCAACACAUGGGACUGACUCCCUCACCGGCUGUGUAGUGUCCCCUCCCAACCCUGACCCUCCCCUGACCCCUGGCACCACAUCCAACCUCAAGUCCACCAUGAAUCUCAACACCUUCCACCUGAUGCAGACCCUCAAGAACUCGCCGGCUGCCUUACGCCGCCGCUUCCGCCGGGACCGCACCGAGUCCCUGUCACACGGCGACCCCCUCUUCAAAGUCCACUAUCUGGGCACGGAGAAAAUCUUCUCCCUGGAUCGGGAACAGGCCCAGGACGCCAUUGCCCGACUCCUGGAUGGGGCCGCCAACGGAAAGAAGCUGAACAAAGACCACGCGCUCGUCGUCCGCCCACGCUACGUCGAGGUCAAGGAGCUCAGCACGGGACGGCAGCUCACCAAAACGUACCUCCAGGACAUUGCGUACUGCGCGGCAGACUCGGCGAGGCCCAACGUGUUCCUGUACAUCUGUAAACAGCGCGGGCAGCAGCUGCAGUGCCGGGUGUUCUGGUGUAGCCGGGCGGAGCGGGCACGGGACAUGACGGCCUGCCUGGCCCACUCCUUCCAAAGGGCACUGAGCGACUGGCAGGGGGACGGCGUCGUCGGGUUAGGGGGGAGUACCGGCACGCUCAUCCCGGCAGAUGUGUGUGUGAAGGGGGGAGAGGAGAUGGCGACCACCCCUACGACCUCCCAAAGCUUCACGUUACCAGCCAGCUGUGGGAAAGCACGCUGGAAGAAGAGGAGCUCACUGUCCCAUAGUCCCCUCAGAGCCAUUACCAGGAAGGGAUCCGCCUCAGACAUUUGGCACUGAAGAUUCACAGGUCUUUGUGUGACAGUGGCUGGGCAAGAGCCCUGGGGAUCAAAUACAGCACUGGGAGCAGAAGGGGCUGCAAGGACCCACCACUAUUGUACAACUGUUCUCAACUGGACCACACUGAAAAAAAGGAUUAACUGAGGGAGAACUCCUGGUCUUUUUCAAAUGGGACAUUUUCUUAGUAAAUGAGUGAAAUUAACAGUAAUUUCUAGCUAUCUGGGCCUUUGAAUUUGGAAAGCUAGUGAACGUGGCAUUUGGUUUACAGCGUUGUAUCGCACUCUGGUGGCACCGGUCAGGUUUACCAUGGUGCGCUUCUGGGAGUUCAAGGCUCAAAUGCUCAUUUCCGUCAUUGCUUCCGGUCCUUGUUUUCCAGAGUGGCCUUGACCCUCUGAAAUGUGAGUUACACUUCAGUGAAUAAAGCAUGAGCUCUUGGGUGCCUUGAUUGAGAGAGGAUGUCGUCUGUCAGUGGCGAUCACAGCCUGGAAUGGUUUAAGACGGUUACAGACAGUCACUCUGAUAACGUGUUUGUAACAUUUGAUUUAAUGUAAACUUGAGUGGUUACAACCAAACACGUCAUCUACGCUUUUUUUUGAGCGGACCAGCACAGAGGAACUUGGGCUGGUUGUGAGGUGUGUUUUGUUAAUCGUUUUUUUUGAGCGGCUUUGUAAGAUAUUUGUACUUGUGGUAAAAAGAAAAGCCUUUGCCAUGACCCUCGGUUCUUACUUUUCCAGUGUCUCUUCUACAUGGGACACUGGGAUGAAAACGCUGCUUACGUGAUUUCAGAUUGGAAUUUUCUGAUUUUCAUUUCUCCACUUGGAUUUCUCCACAAGUUCUAAAAUCUUGCUCUGGCCUUGCCUGCUCCUGUCUGCUUCAACUUUGGUUGUUCUGGAGCUCGGCAUGCCUCAUAGCAUUAGUGUGGCCUUAAGCUCAAAUACUGGUUUCCGCCCAAACACUACUCUCUUCACACAUUAUUAUGCCAAGUCAGCGCAUUCCAGGCCAUAAUGACGUCUCUGACAACCAACACCAAUAGUCACGUCACACCUCGGCUUAGUCCCAAUGCAUUUAAUCCGUCACAACACUUUGCGCUGCAUUGCAUUCGAGUUGAAUGAUUAACCAGCUGUGUUUGUAUAGGGUUUAUGCUGGAGACUGCUGGUCUAUGGAAGUGAAGGUGUGGAAUAGGACAGAUUCUUCCCAUUCUGUGGGGUCAUCUCUUUUAGACUUAUACCUUACCACUUGUUUAGUGACAACAAAUGUUUUACAAUGAAAGGUGCUUCUGUUUUUAUUUUUUUUAAUGUGGUUCUUUGACUUGACAAGUGAUGUCAGUGAUGUCAAUGGAUGUUUUUAACCAUUUAUUUAAAAUGAAUUUAUAUAUUCAGAUUUAUAUCAAACUACAAAUGGUGACAACCCUUCUUGGGAGUGCAACUGCCUGCUUUGUUUUAUAUUUUCUAUGUUUUUAAUAUCUUUGUCAUAUCAUAUUUAAAUGUAUUCUAUAAAACAAUAAACUUUUAUACCAUGAUUAUUGCA